GGCUUCUUCCUCUCUGUAUUUACAAAUCAUCGAACGUUAUUUUUAAGCACUUAUUUGAGUUCCAAAAAUCUAGACAUUAGGUUUUGUGGUUCAAUUUGAACGUCAAGAAGGACUGUCUAAUGUUUUCGAAACUUCUUUAAGCUUUGGAGUACCUAAUCAAGAGAUAAGUCCAAGAAAGUAUUUUUGACGUUUGUACGGAUCAACGAGAUGUUGGUCAUGUUGCCUCAAAGAACUCGAUUAAUUUGGAUCUUCGUGUUAAUCCUAUAUGGUCCAAGACUUACAACAAGCCUACGUUUAUUCCCAAAAAUGGAGGGUUUAGGUGAUUAUGCACCGAUCAAUAGCAGUUCGACCUGUGGAACGCCUUCUAUUACAGUAUGUCGAUCUAGCACUCAGAUCAGUUCACUCGAUGUAUGCACAGAGGAUACAUGCAGAUUCGCUUGUUGUCCUUCUUGCAGUAAAGAUAAACCUUCUCCUUCAGAUCUGGGUAAAAAUCAAUUUACUACUAAAGUAGGAAUCGUGUCUGGUGAAUCAAGACCCGGCUCAUCCGAUCCAUCUUUUAGUUUUGUAUCUGCGUCAAAUUCGCACAUGGAUCCGUUAAAUAUUCCCGGUUUUAACUACAAAACUAAAGGAUUUACACUAAGUGUCUGGGUUAAACAAAAACCCAAAAAUAAGGGAACCCUCUUUUCUAAGAGUAUAUCAUCAAGUCCAUACAAAGUUACCUUUCAACUGGAGAUUGAGAAUUACAAGAUAUGGUUUCACUACCAUUACGGAGGUGGAAACACAUCUGUUGUUGAGCUCAAUCCCCUGCAAAGUCAAAGCCAACAUACGAAUGAAGAUGAGUGGCACUUUAUAACAGUGACUGUCAUUAACACAGACAUAUCCUAUUUCAUUGAUGGUCAGUUUAUUAAGACUGCAUUACUUAAAGGCUACAUUAAUGAUCCUGGUGGUCGUGUUCGUAUUGGACAAAAAUAUGGAGGUGGAAGCCAGUAUGAGGGUCUCAUGCAAGAUAUACUCAUGUAUGGCAUUUCACUGACAAACAGAGAGGUUAUUGAAGCCUAUUCAGGCCAUCUUCCAAAAGCAUAUGUUGCAAGUGAAUGUCGCUGUCCUCCAGCUUAUCCCAAGAUCAUGGAGACUUCUCGAGCAAAAUGUACCAAAAAUGGAGAAUUUAGUUCUGUAGGCGAGAGUACCUCACGUCUUGCUGUAACAGCUCACCCAAUAGAACUUGCUACUGAUGGGGAUACAACUACAUAUUGGCAGUCUGAGUUAACAAAUGAUGCUGUAAUAUCUCUUGACCUGAAGUAUGGAGAGAUCCAGAUCUUUUACAUCAUUCUUGAGUUUUAUGGGCCUCAGCCAGGUGCUAUAAAGAUAGAGAGGUCACGCAAUGGGUAUGCUUUUCAGCCUUGGCAGUACUUUGCAGAGAACUGUGUCAAAUCAUUCAACAUGCCAAACAAUGGUCCUCUAGCAGAGCCAGACUCUGUAAACUGUAUUCAAUAUGAACUGCCUCUAAAAUCAUCAGGUGCUUCAGUGUCCUUCAAGACCGAACAACCACCAACACCAGGCUYGUCUGUACCAAUACGGCCAUUUGGAUCCCCGUGUACCAAACUGUACUGCUCCAAAAAACUUUUGGAAUUCUUGAAAGCCUCAAGCGUGAAAUUUUCUUUCUACAACCAUACGUUGGUGAAAAAUGGAAAGCAUCGAUAUUUUGCUUUAAACAGGAUUGUUGUUGCUGGAAGGUGUGAGUGUUUUGGUCACGCAAAGGAAGCUACUUACAAUGCAACACACAAAAAGUGUGUUUGCCAGUGUGAGCCAUCUACUUUCACCGAAGGCGAAAAAUGUGAUCGAUGCCAGCCACUGUACAACAACAAGGCAUUUAGAAGAGGCAGUAAUUCAGACAGUUUUCCAUGCAUUAAAUGCCAGUGCAAUGACCAUUCAUCACGAUGCCACUAUAACGAAUCCCUAGACCCCAACCCGGACUCAAGAACUGACGGAGGCGGGGGAGUGUGUGAUGAUUGUCAACACAACACCACUGGACGCUACUGUCACAUUUGUAGAGAAAACUUUUACAGAGAGAGUGGAAAAAGUUUGAGUGCUCGUGAUGUGUGCUCACCAUGUGGAUGUACUGGGCCUGGUGUCUUGCCAAACAGACUUGAUUGCGUUAAGGAUGACUCGAAGCCUGGGGUUAAAGAUGGACAGUGUGAAUGCAAAAACUACACACAAGGCCGGCAAUGCGAUGAAUGUAAGCCAGGCUACUUUGAUUUGAAGAAUAGCCAUUUAACAGGUUGUGUUUCAUGUCAGUGCAACACAGCUGGUACUGUUAGUGGUAAUAUAUCAUGUCACGCAACUACCGGUCAGUGUCAUUGCAAGAGUAACGUCACAGGAGUUAAGUGUGACACCUGUCGAUCUGGUUUCUUUGGACUGAGUUCUUUGGAACCUACGGGAUGUAAAGCUUGUGGUUGCGACCCAUUCGGCUCUUUAAACACCCUUUGUGAUACGACCACUGGCCAGUGUAACUGUAAGGCAGGCUCAACGGGGCGUCGCUGUGAUCAUUGUGCAGAUGGUUAUCACAGUCUAGGAAGAGAUGGUUGUAAAUCGUGCAACUGUUCCUCAGCAGGAACACAACCCAAUUUGCUAAGAACUUGUCAAAAAUCCGAUGGGCAGUGUUACUGUAAAAGGUACGUCGAGGGAAAGAAAUGUGAUAUUUGCCGAGAGGGAUAUUUUAACCUCUCCUCUAAUCUUGAUGACGGUUGCACACCCUGUACUUGUGACCCAAAGGGAACAGUCGGUAUGUCACGUCAGUGUGAAUUACUGUCAGGGAACUGUACAUGUAAACGUUAUGUGAUCGGCAAGAACUGUAACCAGUGUCAGCCUGGGUAUUUCAACAUCAGUCUUAGUAAUCCUGUUGGUUGCCAACCCUGCAACUGCKUCCCCAAUGGAACUAAAGAACYGCAAUCUAAUGGUAUCCUUGAAUGUACCAAUAAUGGACAAUGUGACUGUCUCAGCAAUGUUCUUGGAAAACAAUGUGAUGCCUGUGCUUCUGAGUACUACUGGAAUCCAUCUGGUAAAGGAUGUGUUCUGUGUAACUGCGAUGCUCGGGGAUCGAUUGGCACGAACUGUAACGUGUCAGGACAAUGUCAGUGUCAGCCUAACAUCGGAGGACUAAGAUGCGACAGGUGCUUACCAGGAAAUUACGGGUUUUCAAGUGGUAGAUGUCAGCCAUGUGGUUGUAAUGCAUCUGGAAGCAUGGAUAAUACUUGUGACGAUACUGGCAAGUGCACUAGCUGUAAGAAGAACGUAGAGGGAAAUAAGUGUGACACUUGCAAAAGUGGAACGAUCAAUCUUCAAGCAAACAAUGAUUACGGAUGCAGUGGAGUUCCUUCCCAGCAAGCUCCGCCUUUUGUCAACAUCCUUUCAUCCAGAGCUCUUCAAAUAACCUGGAACAAACCGGACAAUCCAAAUGGUCCUAUCAUUCGCUAUGAUCUUUACCGUAAUGGAUCAGUGAUUUACAAUGGAACGGCCAGGGCAUUUAACGAUACUGGGCUAACGCCCAACACAUAUUAUUACUAUUAUAUCAUGACUUACACUGAAGCGGGAAGUACACGUAGUUACCAAGACAAUCGUGUUUACCGAACACCUGAAGAUGCUCCAGAAGGUAUUGCAGCACCACUAAUGUCUAAUGUCAAGGCCCGUAGUGCUCAAGCAACAUGGCAGAAGCCUAACAUUACUAAUGGAGUCAUUACACAGUACAGAUUGGUCUCUGUUAACAGCUAUAGUUCAUCUGAAGUUGUACAUUGCCAAGGUCCAUUCCUCUUAAGAUGUGACGCUUCAAAUUUAAAGCCAUUCACUGUGUACAAUUUCACUGCUGUUGUUUGCAAUCAGGGUGGUUGCGGUCGCAGUCUUCCAACCCAAGUCACAACUCGCGAAUCAGCUCCAGAUUUCCAGCCAAUGCCCAACAUUACUCUAAUUCCUGGCGGCCGUUCAGUUUACGCGACCUGGGAUGAGCCACCUGUUCCAAAUGGCAAGGUAUUUCGCUAUGAGCUAUACAUGCGUGCUUCUCCCUUCAGUGGAGGUGGUCAAGCAAUCCUGCCUAACAGCCAUGUUGAUGUGCGAAAUACUACAGUAACAAAUCUCGUGCCUUAUACCUUAUAUGAAUUUCGAGUUGUUGCAUAUACGGCUGAGGUAAAUGGGGAUACAUCAAGUGAAUGGAAGCGAAUACGAACAGCUGAAGGAGUUCCAGGCGGGGAAUCAGAAAUUCAGCCCCAGUCCAGCGCAGUCGCUAGUGAUGCUAUCGAGGUCAAGUGGAAGCCACCUAGUUUGCCUUACGGGAUUAUCGUCCGUUAUCGAAUAACAGCUUACCAACAGUCGUCCGUGAUUGUAAGGGAGGAAGCGAAUGGAAAAAAUCGAUCAUCUGUUGUGAGCGGCCUUUCUCCUUACACGACCUACAGAUUCACUGUGAUUGCAUGCAAUAGUUAUCGAUGUACGGGAAAGAGUUCAUCUACCUCUGCUAGAACAUUACCAUCAGCUCCCAGAGGACAAGGUGCUCCAAACAUAACCAAAGCGAGCUCUUCCUCCAUUUCACUAACCUGGGCACAACCACAGAUUCCGAACGGACCUCUGCCACCAUCAUACAACGUCACUCGUUCAUCAGCUGCUUUUAACCAGCCACCGCAAGUGGUUACUGCUGGUGUCCACUUUCCAGGGCUUGGCUUCUAUAAGUUUCCAGCAAAUUUUGUACCACCUGGAGCUGUCAACACUAUUGAGCUUUCUUUCCGCACUAAGUAUCCUGAUGGAUUAUUGCUCUUCUUGGCGACAGACAACUUACAAGAGGAUUUCCUUGCGAUUGAGUUACGUGAAGGGAAGCCUUGGUUUAUCUUUGAUUGUCAAGAUGGGCCUGCUGCAUUCACAAUCCGCGAUUCCGUCCGUUUUGACGAUAACAGAUGGCAUCAUUUAGGAGCAGACCGAAGAGAUAUUACUGGGACCUUAACAAUUGACGAUGGUUAUAGUAACCGUGGUUCUAGUACCCCUGGCUCGACAACUAUUGGCGAAAACACUGGAGUUUACAUUGGUGGACUGCCAUCAGACUUUGUUAUUAAAAGAGACGAUACAGGAAAUGCGGUCAUAAGACGCCAUGGAUUCAUUGGUUGUUUAAGGGAAGUCAAAUCAAAUUCUAAACUAUUUGAUUGGACGGCAGCAUUGGAAAAGAAAGGAGUUGAUCCAGAAUUAAAUUCUUGUCCAGUUAUUGGGAUUGAUAAAGGGGCUUUGUUACGUGGUGGUGGUUUUAUCGCUAUAAAAUCAGGUAUCUUUACUGGUGGAGUGGUUUUUGUUUUAGAACUUUCAUUUCGUACCCAGUUUAGGUCUGGAAUAUUAGUGUUUGCCUAUGGACCGUCUUCACAUGUUGCCUUACACUUAGUUGAUGGAAAAGUCAACGUUAAACUACGUGGAACUAAUAACCAGACAAGUGUUCGGGCGAGUGAAAAAGAGGUCUGCGAUGGCAAAUGGCAUCAUAUAAGCAUCGCAGCACUUAAUGGGUUUAAUUUUGUUAUUUCUGUUGACGGGAAUAACAACAUAAUAGAUCCAAUCACCUAUAUUACAAUCAACUCCGAUCUUUACAUCGGUGGAGUCCCUGUGGAAGAGGAAGAAGUGGUUGUGAGAGUAAAGAAUGCUGGGAUCGAUAACUACGACGCGUUUGGUGGGUGUAUAAAGGAGGUGAAGGCGGCAAAAGCCAUUUAUCUAAAUAAAAAUGUAACAAGGAUGAGGAAUGCUGACCUCGAUGGUUGUGUGUCAGAUUCUCAAGUGAAUGCUACUCUUUCCGGGGGAGGUUUGUGUCAAGUUACUAGCAGUACUGAUUUGGUUACUCAGACAACGACGCUAUUUACUGAUUCAACUGUCGAGCCUUUUACAGACUAUUUAUAUCGCGUUGAGAGCUUCCAUAAAGGUACAACUGGCUCUGCUAAAAGUGUUCAGGUUUGGACUCGCAGUGGUCAAGGAGCACCCUCGGGUAUAAAUCCUCCUACAACUGUCCUCCCUCUCGAUGAUGGUCGCUCAGCACGUGUUACAUGGAGUCGUCCAGGCUGGCCGAAUGGCCUAAUCAUUCACUAUCAUAUAAUAGCACAGAAUCUGCUUGAUGGAACAGAGGUAGUUACAAAAGUCACCGAUGCCGAAAAUCUAAAUUCAACAAUAAUUGGCUUGACACCAUACACAGAUUAUGGCAUCAAAAUAGCAGCAUUUACUAUGGGUGGGAAUGCCACUGGACCAGCUGUCAAUACCACCACCAAACAAGCAGCUCCAGAGGGUGUUCCUGUACCAACGAAUGUUUCAUACCCAAGGACUCUGGCCCUUAGCUGGUCACCUCCGUCAAGUCCUAAUGGAAUUAUAACCAGAUACAACCUUACGAUUGAUGGUACAUUAGUGUAUAGUGGUACUGACCGGCAGUUCAAUAUAACGGGUCUAAAAGUCUAUACACGCUACACUUUGCAAAUUACCGCGUGCACCAAAAUAGGGUGCACCUCUGGACUGGAACAUCAUGUUUAUACAGGCGAGUUACCACCGUCCGGACUUUCACUCCCUACAUUAUACGUUGAAGGAAACGAUUCCAUACGUGUCCAGUGGAACGAGCCUACAGAACCCAAUGGUGUAAUUCAAAGAUAUGAAAUUCACAUAUCGACUACUGAAGAGCUUGGUCCUAACUACAGACAAGUAUAUAAUGGUCCAAGAAGCAAUUUAAGUGCUGUUAUCAAAAACUUGGUAACAGGAACUUUGUACUACAUACGGGUGAAGGCUUUCACCGGAGGCGGGGGAACCUUUAGUAAUGCAAGUUCUGCCCGUACAAUAUCGGGUAUUCCUAGUGAUAUUCCCGCUCCCCGAGUCACUGCACUGGAUCCUUAUUCAUUGCAUGUAGAGAUCUUACCGCCAAGGCAACCCAACGGUAUUAUUACACGCUACGAACUUUACCAAGAUGAAAGUCCAACACCAGUGAUUAACGGGACACUUACCAAUUACACAGCAUCAGGAUUUACAGUUUAUAGUCUGCACACAUUUUGGGUAAGGGCUUGCACAAUCAAGGGAUGCAAUCGAGGGAUGGCAGCAAAGGCAUAUACGGGUGAACUGCCACCGAAUGGUACAAUUCAACUCAGUGCAUCAGUUGUUAGUGCAACUGAGGUAAAAGCCAAGUGGACCGCAGUAGCUCAACCGAAUGGAAACCUGUCUUAUCACCUCAUGAUCAAUGGAACUUUCCUUGUUCCUGGGUCUACUACAUUUGAAACGGAAGUAAGGAUUGAGAAUCAUCGAGGCCAACCAGAAAAAGAUAUAGCGUACAAAGGACUUUUAGCAGACAGCAACUAUGUCUUCUGGGUCAAUGCUUCAAAUAGCGCCGGGUAUAUUUUGAGUAACAAGAUCAGUGAUAAAACUCCCGAGUCUGUUCCUCUAGGCGUAUUGGCGCCAAUCGUUACUGUGCUAAGCUCAUCAGCAGUAAACGUUACAUGGCAAGAGCCUUAUCUUCCUAACGGUGUGUUACUUGGAUACAAACUGUACCAAAAAACAGCAAGCGACGGCAACGAAACUAUCUUAUACAGCGGUAACAUGUUUAAUAGUCUCGUUACGGGACUAGAGCCCUACACGAUAUAUUAUUAUCGCAUUAGUGCACGAACCGUAGAGGGGGAUGGCUUUGGAAACUGGACAUCCAUUACAACUCUUGAAGCUGUUCCAGGUCCUUUAGAUGCCCCUCGGGUCAAUCCCGAUUCAAAAGCAAUGAUUCUUGAGUGGGAUUUGCCGUCCAAGCCCAAUGGUAUUAUUCAGCUGUAUUCCAUCUACAUGAACGGUUCUUUUCUAUUGAAUGUAACGGGUAACACAACCAGAUACCGUGUGACAGGCUUGGCUCCCUUCACUUGGUACGUCUUUGCGGUCAGUGCUUGUAAUAGUGCUGGAUGCAAAAGAAGCUCUUACUCUUCGCCAUCAAGGACCUUGGAAUCUGUUCCAUCUGGUCUUGAAAAACCAAGUCUUAGAGCCCUGUCACCAAGAUCUGUUGAGAUCCGAUGGAGUGUGCCAAAUGUCACAAAUGGCAUUAUAAGAUACUACUCCAUCGACCGCCGAAGAGCGGGUGAAGAAACGCCCAUCAAUAUUACGAAUGUUCUUGCUUCCAGUCAUCGGGUGUAUGUUGACUACACCGCCCCGCCGUUUACGUCACUCGAGUAUAGAGUCGUUGCUUAUACUGGUCAAGGGGGUACACCGAGCCCUUACAGUAACAUCAGCACCGGAGAAGGAGAUCCCGAAAACAUCGGAGCACCAAUCGUUAAUGCUGUGAGUGCUUUUGCAUUGAAUGCGAGUUGGUCUUUACCAGGCACUCCUAAUGGUUACGUCAUUAACUACAUCGUGCGUGUCCUGGACACCUAUGCUAAUUAUUCAAUGGGCAGCUCAAAUAUAUUCCAGUACACCAUAACUGGACUUAAACCUUAUACCUUGUACAGUAUUGUUGUGAGCGCUUGUACUAUUGAUGGGUGUGGUGACAGUCCUGCAACUCAAGAAAGAACACUUACUGAUAAGCCCUCGGGCCAGCCCGCGCCAUCAGGCAUUGCUUUGACUUCAACCUCAAUACGUGUUACUUGGAAUCCGCCCAGUGACCCCAAUAGUCCUAUUCGAUAUUAUGAGUUAUACAGAAAAACAAUAGAAGAACCUGUCAAUCCUAAUUUUACAGCAGUUAGCGAUUAUACUAGUAUCUACAGUGGCAUGCAGCGGACAUUUGAUGAUACUGGACUUGGGAUUUACUCGUUACAACGAUAUAAGGUUAAUGUUUAUACAACAACUGGCAGCUCAUCAAGCCCUUCAACAGAUCUUCGGUCUGGUCCUGCUCCUCCAUUAGCUGGUCCUACUGUUAAUGCCUCAGCUAUCAACCACACUACAAUACUAGUCACCUGGAAUCCACCUCCUGUCGCUCUGUUACGAGGUUCAGUGAACAUCUACACUGUUUUUUACGAAAACGUCGUCACUAACGUUGUUCAUCAGUUAGAAUUGCCAGGCAACCAGACCAGCCUGGCAGUAAUCGGACUCAAACCAAGUACACGCUAUCGUUUCUGGGUAACUCUAAAUAAUACGGCUGGAAAAUUUGCAAGUGUCUGGGUUCCUCAACGCACUCUUGAUGGAGUUCCAGAAGGUUUUGAAGCACCUGGUCUGUAUGUCAAAAGUAGUACAGAAAUACGAGUAGACUGGAAACAUCCUACGACACCUAAUGGAAAAAUAACUGUUUAUAUUAUCUACGCCAAUGGCAUAUCAGUAGCCAAUGCAUCUGCGAGUUCAACAGUAUUUACUCUUUCCUCUCUCGUGCCCUACACCAUGUACACUAUAAGGGUGGAGGUGUGUACCGUGUACGCCUGUACAAAAAGUCCUCCCAGUUCCAUAACAACUCUCCCUGCUGCCCCUGAAGGUCUCACUCCUCCACGGCUUACUCCUGGACCAACUUUCAUGGAUGUCAAUUGGAGAUCUCCUUCGCGACCAAACGGUAUAAUUGCUAAGUACAUGUUGUUCAGACGCAAGAUAUACAGUUGCCCCACUCCUCCUCCCCCCGUGGCAAAAUGCACGUAUAUCGAGUGUAAUAUAUCACAAGAGCUGUGUGGAAGGUCAUGUUUUAACCCAAGAGAUAAGAUUUGCUGCAGUGGUGUUCUUCACCAAAGGGAACCCGCGAAUCCAAACAAGGAAUGUUGUGGAACAGCCUAUGUACUAAAGAAUAACCCUGAUGAUGUAUGCUGUGGAAAUACUUUUCAUGUCAGGCAGAGAGAUUUUCAGUGUUGUUAUGACAACUACUUGCGCGUUCCUAGUGGUAGCGUGUGUUGUCGUCGUGUUGAUGGCGGUGUUGCAAUGAAUGCAGGAGAUACCUGCUGUGGUGAUGAGCCGUAUUUCGUGAAUGGUAGCAAGGUUUGUGUGUGUGACGCACUUUACGAGCGCUCUCCUCCUAGACAGUGCUGCGGAGGAAAGGUGGUUGCUGGUGCUCAGGUGUGUUGUGGAAGUCAGUCGCUUGGUAUCGCAUAUGAUUAUGACUCUGAAAACACCUGUUGUGGAACUCAGUAUGUUAGUGAGAAAACGACCCUUUGUUGUAAAGAUCCUCUUGGGGAAGUUAAGGUUUACAACUACAGCAGUUUUGCCGACAAAAAUAGCAAAGCAGAAAAGUGCUGCAAUCAAAAUAAAGUGCCAAGAGGGUUAAGCUGUUGCAACAAUGUUGGCUAUAAUAUCACAUAUCAGACAUGCGCUGACCGAUCCAGCAAAGGAGAAACAGACUGUGGGUUAGGAGUCGUUUGCGAUAAGGCCCAGGAAAGCUCUGCCAGAUGUGAUCGCUGUGACUUCUCAACAAGCACCCUUCUGUGUGGUUCUACCAAAGGGUAUUACAAGCCAACUACAGUGCCAACAACACCAAGGAUAUGUGCAUCUGAUUUCCUAAAGCUUAGUGUGCCAGCCGGUGAUUCUGUCCUAAGUUUUAGGGACACUAAUCUAUCACCUCACACGGAAUAUCAAUAUUAUGUAGUGGCGAUUAACGCUGAGGGAAAUACUACUAGUGAAAUGGCAAGAAAUAGAACCCUUAUGGCCAGCCCUGAUGGUUUGGCACCUCCAGUUGCCACUGCAAUAUCUUAUUCAGCUAUUCGUGUUAUUUGGAAACCACCUUCAGUAAUGAACGGAGAACUAAAAUCAUAUGUUCUUUUUCGUAUCAACCAGCGUACAAACAAACGGGAAAAAGUAUACAGUGGGUUGAGUCUUACAUAUACUGAUUUAGCCGGUCUCGAAGCGUUCACUGGGUACAAAUACGAACUGCAAGCGUGUACAACAGAGUGUACUAGCGUUUUUUCCACAGUUACCUUCACGAAAGAGUCAUCCCCAUCUAUUGUUGGAGCACCUACUUUGUUCGCUUUAUCAUCCUCCAGUAUCAACGUAUCAUGGUCUCUUCCUCCAAAACCAAAUGGCAAGAUUAUACGAUAUAACAUCAGUCAAAUUAUAAACAGUACAUACAAAGUUCAUCUUAACCCUAAUGACAAAGGACUUGGAAUGUCCCUAAUAGUGAACAACUUGAAACCCUAUGAGAAUUACACGUUUCAAGUUGUUGCAUGCACGAAAAUUGGAUGUAAAGAGGGACCUUCUGCUUCUGUGCUCACUCUUGAAGAUGCACCGGAGGAUGUUCGGCCUCCGACAUUAGUGGCUCUUGGAGCACGAGAGAUCGAAGCUACUUGGUUUGAGCCAGGUGUUCCAAAUGGUAUCGUCUACUUGUAUUCGUUGUAUAGGAAUCACACUAUCGUGUAUAAUGGUACUGACAACUGUUCCAUGAGUGAUCAAGGUAAAUACAAAUGUAUUUACAGAGAUCAAGGGCUCAGGCCUAUGACUGUGUAUAGCUACUAUGUGGCCGCUACAACUAAAGGUGGUACAACCAGAAGUAGUGCUGUUAGUGCACAAACGCCCGAAAGUUCGCCCGAAGAAAUACCUUUACCAACUCUGACACCACGAUCAGCUUAUUCAAUAUAUGCUGAAUGGAACUCACCCAGCAAUCCUAAUGGUAUCAUUACUGGAUACGCCAUUAUAGUUGACGGCACUGAGCAUAGCACAGGUUUGACUAAAACCAAGCUUGUUGAAAAUCUGCAGCCAUAUACGAGAUAUGAGUUUAGAGUCAAGGCGUGUACCAGCAAAGGUUGUGGAAUCGGAGAUCGAGCAUAUGCUAGGACGUUGGAGGCACCGCCUGCAGGAGUAAAUCCACCCCGGCUUGAAGCCAAGGAGUGGAAUGUGGUGUCCAUAUCAUGGGAUGAACCUGGGUCGCCAAACGGCAUCAUUACCAAAUAUAAAGCGGAACGCCAGCAUGGUAACGAAGUACCAUUGAUAGUUUGUUUAAAAACGGGAUUAACUUUGUCUACCAGAACAUGUUUGGACAGUGGGGGAAAUCUGAAGGGAUACACACAGUACGAGUACCGGAUCUUGACUGAAAAUAGCGCUGGCAUCGGAUAUAGUUCUUGGAGUAUUAUACGUACAAUGGAAGGCCCUCCACAGGGAAUUAAACAGCCAACAGUUUAUGUAAUCAAUGCAACUGCCGUAACCGCUUUUUGGGAAGCACCAUUAGAUCCAAAUGGUGUUAUCAUUCAUUAUGAGCUUAGAUACCAGCCUUUAAAUGUUUUAGACAGUAAUAUUUCGGUAGCCGGGCGAGUCGACCGCAAUACGUUCAACAUGACCGUAAACAUUUUGAAGCCCAAUACGGACUAUCAGUUCUUGAUAGCCGCAAUCAACACGAGACGUGAGGGUGUAAGUUCAUGGACCUCAGCCAAAACCAAGGAGGCACCUCCAGCUGAUUUGAAGCCGUUCAAUGCAGAAAGACUCCCCGGAGGAACGUCAUUACGACUUUACUGGGACCAACCUGGAAGCCCAAAUGGAAUUAUAACUCAUUAUAAUAUAUACAAAGAUAAUAUCAAAAUAUUUGAAGGAAAAAUUCGGGAAUAUAUUGUCACAAAGCUUACGCCUUACACCGCGUAUGAAUUCCAGUUGGAGGCUUGCACUUCUGCCGGAUGCACAAAAGGGGAUUCAAAGUCAAUAUAUUCAGCAGAGGUAAACCCUACUGGCCAAGCUGCUCCAAUUUCGGGCUUUGUAAACUCCACAGUUGUUGUGCUAACCUGGCGGCAGCCUGUUGUACCAAAUGGUGUUAUUCAGCGAUUUGAAGUACUGCGCAGGACAACAACAUUGCAAGCCAGAAAGAGACGAUCUGUUAGUGAAGAUAUCGUAUAUUCGACAAAUAAGACGAACGAAACCGUAUUUAGCUACAUGGAUACUGGACUAAAACCAUACACUCGCUAUCAAUAUAAAAUUCGUGCUUUUAACAAUGGCGGCCAAACGGACAGUGAUUGGCUAAAUGUAGACACAAAAGAAGCCCCGCCAAGUCACGUAAUCCCACCAAAUGUAAUAACUUUGGACGCUUAUAGGCUGAAUGUAACAUGGAGAGAACCAGACAAUCCAAAUGGAGUCAUUCAGUAUUAUUUAGUAUAUCGUAAUGGUACCAUUAUACACAAAGGGAGUAAUCUUUACUUUUUGGACGAAGGUCGUGAACCAUAUACAGUAUAUAGCUACACGAUAUCUGCAUGUAGUGGAGGUGGUUGUAAGGAAAGUAUGCCCGCUUCACAACGUACGGACCAAGCCGCACCAGCGCAGGUCAGCCCACCAACCUUGUCGGCUUUAAGUGCGAUUGCGAUUCGAAUUGAAUGGAACAUUCCUGGCAAACCAAAUGGUAUAAUAACUGCAUACAAGAUAUACGAAGGAAGAGGUUCUUCCCCUAUCUACUCAGGCCAAGAUCGCAGCUUCACUGUAAGUGCUAAAAAGCCGUACACAGAAUACGAAUUCUCUGUAGAAGCUUGUACAACGGCUGGCUGCACUAGAAGUAUUUCUUCAAAAGUUCGUACUCGGGAGUCUACUCCUAGUUCUAUGGCAGCGCCUGUUGCUACUGUUGCAGGUUCUCGUACUGUCCGUGUCUUGUGGACACCACCGACAGAGCCAAAUGGUAUUAUACUUUAUUAUAUACUUUCUAGAAAUGGGAUACCUGUGUACAAUGGAUCUGACGUUCGAUAUAAUGACUACGAUGUAGCGCCUUACACAAUUUAUGAGUACACGAUAUAUGCUGUAAAUAAUGCCGGUCGUGGUCUUGAUAGCCCAAUCGGGCGUAACCCUCCUACAAAUCCUGGUGCACCUGACAACAUUACAGCGCCUUCAUUGAUUGUGUUAGGCUCAAAUUCCAUUCGUGUUAAAUGGGAAAAACCUGGACUUCCGAAUGGCAAUAUUAUUAAAUACUACGUAAUGUACAACAACCAAGAAAAAGACGCCUUCUUGGCCCUGGAAACUGUCUUAGAUGCACUUGAAGCUUAUACCCUUUAUGAAGUACGUAUUAAAGCUUGUACUAAUGCAGCCUGCAGUAUUGGCGAAAUAGCUAAAGCUAGGACGUCUGAGGCAGUGCCAGCGUCGCAGGGACGACCUGUUAUCCCAAGUGAGUCAAUCCAAGCACGAAGUGUGCGUGUUACUUGGGGCGAGCCUGCAAAGCCAAACGGUUUUAUCGUCAUGUACACUUUAUACCGCCGAAAGGUGAUAAGAGCAGUUGGUGCACGAGCAUCAUACGGUACUAUCGUCUCCGUGCAUAACGCGUCAAAUGGUACUGACCUUGCAUUCACCGAUAAAACAGUACUUCCAUACUCUGAAUACGAGUACCGAGUAACAUCAACCAAUAGUAAAGGAUCGGCAACAAGUGGAUGGGCUGUUGUCAAGACUCUUCCAGACGUCCCAGAAAACGUGCCAGCCCCACAGAUUACAAAGAAGUUCCAAGAUAGACUUGAAGUAUUGAUUAAAGCUCCUUUAACGCCAAAUGGAGAAAUCCGUAAUUAUGUACUUAUCAAUGCGGGAAAGAAUGUGUCUGAAGGACUAGAGACCUCCAGAAUGAUAUCAAAUCUAGAGCCUUUUACUGUUUACAAGAUUCAAGUCUCUGCUUGUACAGAUGCUGGUUGUACAACGAGUCCUGAUGUCAGUGAAACAACAAGUGAAGGAACCCCAACUCAAUUUAGUGCCCCUACUGCUGUGAAGAUCAUGUCAAGAUCGGUUGACUUGGCUUGGGACGAACCUGUUAAACCCAAUGGAAUUAUAACACGAUACGAAGUGUUGCAUCGCAUGACUUGCGUCAAAGGAUCAUCCUUCGAAAUACCAUCAAAUGGCACGAGUGCUGGUCUAGAAAAAAACGCUACUGUUGAUAGUCUGAUGCCAUUCAUCACAUACGACUUCAUUAUUCGUGUUUACAACAGCAAAUAUUCUGGGCUGUCUGAUGUCAAGGCCGUGACUACUCUGCCUGAAGAUCCUCUAGCUCUGGCUGAUUCUCCUCCUCGCGUUAACGUAACUGGUUUCCACGUCUCUGUGGACUGGAGUGAAUGUUUUAUAUUGAAUGGACCACUGGACGAAUACACACUGCUAGAAAAAGGUGUGAUUGUCUUUCGAGGACAAAAGACAGCCAACAAUUUUCCAAAUAGGGCACGCGGAGAGUACACCUAUGAGGUGACCGUGACGACCAUCGUAAACGGUGUUAGAAAGACAGCUCGAUCUCCCAAAGUAACUGUUACGGUUCCCAAAGAAGGAAUCGUUUUGCCGCCUUCGACAGCCCAACCUCAAACAUCUCCCUUCUAUAAAACCAUCUGGUUUAUUGCAGUAAUAGUCUUGAUAGGCAUUCUACUCCUGUUCCUCCUUCUUGCCUUGUGUCUGAGAAAACGCACUGGUGAUAGAACUGUAUAUGUAAGGGAAAGGGAACCCCUACCCCCACGGACAAAAAUGCGCUCCAGACCUCCAUCUAUGUCAAGUCUUUACUCGUCAUCAGACAGAAAAGGAGGCAGUAUGAUCGAUCUAAAUACAUUCAGUAAUGGCAGCACAGUGGCUUUGUUUGAUGGUAGCGGAACUCCCAUUCGAGGAACUCCUAAGCCUGACCGUUAUGACAGCAUUGACCGCUACGAGAGGUACAAUCGAAUUAAUCGGUCACUAGAUCUAACUGAUGGUAGUCUAAACAAGUUUGGAAUGGACGAGAGUUCUGAUUGGAAUGAUCUCCCUCGAACCUAUAGUUACAGCAAUAAAGAUUCUGGUUUUUUCAUGGAAGAUAAGCUGCCUAUGUCUGACAGUGACGAAGAAAGUACUCCACGUCAUAGCUUUAAACGCGAACAGUACUUUACUGAUACUCACUUAUGAUAAUGUAGAAGUAGAUUAGGUUAUUAUUCGAGUUAUGAAGAUAUAUUGUUUCAUAAAGAGCAGAUUGUCUUGUAAAAUCAGUGUGGCUGAAAUAGCGAAUCGGUAAGCAUAUUUUCAACGAUUUUAGACAGUCUGCUAUUUUUUCCCUACCAAAAUGAGACAAAGAAGCAAAAAUCAUAUGAAUAUACACAUCAUAAUAUCGUUAUUCUUUAUACAAUAUGUAUAGUUUUGUAAUUAGGAUAUUGAUAAUUGAGCAAUAUACCAGAACAUCAUUUCAAGGAAAAUUAGUAACACGAUCAUCUUGUAUUAAGGCUGAUUUAAGGAACUCCAGACCAUCAAAACUGGGAAAAAUUUCGUUAUAAUUAAGUUUCCUUUGCAUUUCAAAUAGGCAAAUAUAUGUAAACAUAGCAGAAAAAAAUAGCUUGAAUUGUUUUGCAUAUUUUCCAGUGACUUAUUAUUGAUACUUUUGAUUUAUUAAUUAAAUAAUGUUUAAUUAAAUUAUCAGUUAAAUUGAA